CUUGCCAGUGACCUUGCUCCCAUAUGUAUCUGUGACAAACUUCCUACCCCUCUGAAGUCCAUCGCCUUGAAAAGUGCCCCUCCAUAUACCCUUAAGCAAAUAAUGGCAGGUGGAUUGUUCAUCCUCCCCGAGAACGAGAACGCAAGUGGAAAGCGUUCCAAAGAAAAUGAUAAUAGCAGUAGGUUUCCGAUUAUCAAGCGAGUUCGUCGAAGUUACGAACCAGACCCCUCAACUCGACGGCCACGCGGAUCGCAAAUCCAUCCGCCGGUCAAGAAUCAAAGAAUAGUACGAGGGUAUCAGUUUUACCGAAAUCCCGGGGGCACCAAUAUCCCCAUUAAAGACACCCAAAGCCGAGCAUCUUCUAGUAGUUCGACAGGCGAACUCAUCCCAGGCAGAACUUUCAAGGUCCCUUCUGGAAGUUCCAGCGAAGGGCAGUUUAUUCCCGGGACGACUUUCCGGGCCCCCUCCGGAUCCUCUGGCAGUUCCACGGAAAGAUUCACCCCAGGCGUGACCUUCGCGGUUCCUCUAGAAUCCUCCAGCAGCGAGAGCCGCAGGUCCUCCCUGGCUCUGGAGCGCAUCUCGUACGAGGAGAUCAUGCACGACAUCGAACUGGCCCGGAAGGAGCUCAGAGACGCUCUAUCGGGCCGGAGGUCUUCAAGACGCCUAUCGAACCUCGGCGAACCCAUAAGAGAGCUGACUCGCGAAAACCUCGCGAGGCAUCGCCGAGCUGAGAGAAGGCGGCUGGUCGAGGAAAGGCGCAAAGCUGCGAGCCAGCCUCCGCCUCCGCUUCCCAGCCUCCUUGGGGUCAGGUACAGCCACAAAAAUGCUCCUGUCUUCAGAAAAGUAAACUGGGACAAAGGGGCCAGUCAAUCUUAUGAAGAUGACAACGUGUAACCCGUAUGAAGGAAAGUACCUUAAACAUCUAGGUAAUUAUUAAGAGAAAAAGACCCUAACCGCAACGUACGAAAUCAACUUUGGUAUUGGUAUCGAUCAAUUCAAUUAUUCUUUAA